AUGUUGCAGUCUAUAGAUACCGUAAGGACAGGCUUUCUUUGUCCACAAUGCCACCAGGAUAUGUCAAAUAUGGAAAUGCUACAAGUACAUUUUCAGAAUGUGCAUACGAAGCAACUAUCGGCUUCGACUGCCAGCAAAAGUUUCUUUUCAUUUGCAAAACAAAAACUGAAGAGUGUGCAAGGUAGUUUUCAGACUCCGACCGAGCCAUCAAAGCCUCAUGCUCAAUAUUUUUCAUCUGACUCGAACAACAGACAACAGUUUAUCGGAUAUUCGAUUUCGCAUGACGAACUACUACGAACGAUACGGAAAAAGAAGCACGAUGAAUUCUUUCAUCGAACCGAUCAGCUGUUACUGCAUACUCGAUUGUUAACUACUAAGAAUGAAUACAUUCCACUGAAUAAAGAUACAAAAGAACGUCGAAAAUACGAACAGGGUAUUGUAUCAUGGACAGAAAAUUCUGUUGCCUCACAAUGCGCGUCCUGUUCAAAAACAUUUGGCAUUUCGAAACGAAAACAUCAUUGUCGUUUAGAUGGUCGAGUUAUAUGCAGUCAGUGCUCUCGAUUGUUACCAUUUUCCGUUGCACAAGAUCUCAUCGAUCCAACUGUGUCUCCACUAUCAUCGACAGCAAAUACAGUUAUGUUGCAAAGAUUGGUCAAUCUCACCAGUCUAAUACCAUCGGCGAUGAUUCAGGAUGCAUCGAAUGAAGAUAAUCUACGAAUUUGCAUACGUUGCGAGUUUAUUUUACAGAAAUAUCAUAAUCAAAUUCGCUAUAAACAUAUUCCGGUCGAUCAAAUAUUUUCUCUCUAUGAAAAAAUUAUUCAAGCGGAAAAGCAAUACAAAUCGAUUCAGUCGAAAUAUACAACAAUAAUCGAGUCCCUUCUAAAUGGAAAUACACAAUACCAACUGGUCGAUGCUCAACGCAUCUAUCGAGAAUUGAGUAUUCACUAUGAUAAAAUUGAUUCCGUUUCGAAAUCAAUUAGUAAGUUGGCUGAAGGCGAUUCGACUACACCAGUGAGUAAUCGUUAUGCAGCACUCUGUCGGAAUAUUCGAACCUAUUCUAUACAAAUGAUGCAGAAUUUUUCGAUCUCGAUAAGACGUUUACCUACUGAGGAUGAUCUUAGACGCAUCCGCGAAGAGAAAAAACGAUCCGAAGAUGAACGAAUGGUGGAAUGUGCGGCAAAGAUACUAGGAAUGAAGGACAAUUUAAUAGAGAUACCACCCGAGCUCGAACCAUUUGUCCAGCAAUACUAUCGUGUUACACAAUUUCUCGAAGAAGCACGACUCGCUGGUCAUCUGGAUGAAGUCCAGGCAUUAGAAAAGAAUUUGAAGGAACUUGAAAAAGCAAUACGUAUGGUUCAACUAAAUUGA